AUGACCAUAGUUUCUUUUCUUGUACUCUUGUUAAUGGUGGUGGUUGCACCCUAUACAGAGGCGGCCAUUAGCUGCGGACAGGUGCAGGGUAGCUUGAAACCAUGCUUAACCUACCUCAUGAAGGGUGGCGUUGCAUCUUCUCAAUGUUGCAACGGUGUUAAAGCUCUCUACGCCUCAACUGCAACCACUGCUGCUCGACGAACCGUCUGCAACUGCUUGAAGCAAACAGCAAGAGUCUUUAAACGUAUCAAUUUAAACGCUGCUGCUGCUUUACCGAGAAACUGUGGAGUCUCUAUUCCUUACAAGAUCAGCCCCGCCACUGACUGCUCUAAGGUUAAAUGA